AUGGGAGUGGAUUAUUACAAGGUUCUAGAGGUCGAUAAAAGCGCCAGCGACGAUGACCUUAAGAAAGCUUACAGAAAACUCGCCAUGAAAUGGCAUCCCGACAAGAACCCUAACAACAAAAAAGACGCUGAGGCUAAGUUCAAGCAGAUCUCUGAAGCCUACGAUGUUCUUAGUGAUCCUCAAAAGAGAGCUGUAUAUGAUCAAUACGGUGAGGAAGGGUUAAAAGGCAACGUGCCACCUCCAAAUGCCGGUGGUGGAGCCUCCUACUUCUCAGCAGGAGAUGGAUCUUCGUCUUUCAGAUUCAACCCGAGAAAUGCGGAUGACAUAUUCGCUGAGUUCUUCGGCUUCUCGACUCCGUUCGGUGGAGGAGGAAGCAGUGGUGGUGGAGGAGGAGGGCAGAGAUUCUCUAGCCGCAUGUUUGGUGGUGAUGAUAUGUACGCCUCGUUUGGUGAAGGAGGUGGUGGUCAUCAUCAUCACCAUCAUCACCAUCAAGCUAGGAAAGUGGCUCCUAUUGAGAACAAGUUGCCUUGUAGCCUUGAAGAUCUCUACAAAGGAACCACCAAGAAGAUGAAGAUCUCCAGAGAGAUUGUUGAUGUUAGCGGCAAGGCAAUGCAAGUGGAAGAGAUCUUAACGAUUGGAGUGAAACCUGGAUGGAAGAAAGGCACAAAGAUCACAUUCCCGGAGAAAGGAAACGAGCAUCCGGGAGUGAUUCCAGCGGAUCUCGUCUUCAUCAUCGACGAGAAACCGCAUCCGGUUUUCACACGUGAGGGCAACGACCUGAUUGUCACGCAGAAGAUCUCACUAGCUGAUGCCUUAACAGGCUACACCGCUAACAUAACGACGCUUGAUGGUAGGACACUUACAGUCCCGGUCACAGACGUGAUCCAUCCGGAGUACGAAGAGGUGGUGCCCAAAGAAGGAAUGCCACUUCAGAAAGAUCAGACCAAGAAAGGCAACUUAAGGAUCAAGUUCAAUAUCAAGUUCCCAGCGAGGUUAACUGCAGAACAGAAGGCUGGUUUCAAGAAGCUUCUUGGGUGA